UUGUUUUGAUAAGAAAAAUACGAAUUGCUCCAACAACCCUAGGGCCAUUGCCUCUGUUUCACCAAUAUGUGCUUCUUGGUGAUUUAUAGAAUAACAACUUCUCCAAAUAUUAAUAAAAAAUUAGCAGCCCAUAUCAUAUCAUAUCAUUCAGAGCAGAGUAGAGCAGUGCAAUAUAAAUGAACGGAAAGGAAAGUUGGUGAGCAACCAGAGGCGGAGCUAGGUGGAAGAUCACGGGGUUCGGAUAACCGGCUAACUUUUUUGUAGAUCCAUAUUUGUAUUCGAAAAUUAAAUAAAUAUAUGUUUAUCAACAUGUGAACUCCCCAAUCAAAAUUGAUUUAGAAUCCGCAAACUCCUAACUUUGGCUUCGCGGUUAUAAGCAACUACGUACUCUAUCUUUAAUUAUUUCUCUCUCUCUUUUGUUAAACAGUCAUAGUUACGUUGGUUAAUCGGGUCUUGUUCUUCAUCACCUAGGUAAUGACUAUUGACUAAUGCUCAACUUCUGUUGUUUCUAUCUUAGUAUUUAUUUUUCAAUUAGAACUUUUUGUGUAGAGAUAGGAAGGAAAUGUUCUUAAAGUGGCCAAAUCCCUUUUUGUUUAUUUUAUUGAAUCUCUACUUUGUUAUUUUUCCAUAUGAGUCAUAAAGUAGUUGGAGAGUGAUGGCGACAUAUAAAUAAUGUUUCCAAAGUUUAUUUUUUUAUUAUAUCAGAUCAUUUCUAUGUUUAAAAUAUGAAGCAAUGAUUGAUCACUCUACAUGCAUAAAAAGGGAAAGAAGUUAAAUAUAUAAAUGAAUAUAUGUAUGUUAUUGAAGAACACUUGAGUACUCAAACACAAUCUAAUGUUUGGCUAAGUAUUAUUUAAAUUGUGAAGCAAACUUGAUUGUGAAUGAAAUGGUUGAUGAUGAACCAAAAUCCCUAGGAAGGUUUUCUGUGUUUACUUAUGGUGUGGGACAUAUGCUGAAUGAUAUAACAUCUUCCUGUUGGUAUACAUAUCUCUUGCUCUACUUCACAAAUAUUGGAUUGUCCCCAAGCAAUGCCGCAACAGUCACACUUACUGGUCAGUUUGCUGAUGCAUUUACGACCAUAAUAGCUGGUGAACUGAUAGACAGGUUUGGUAAUUUCAAAAUAUGGCAUGGCAUGGGAUGCCUAUUAGUUGCUGUAUCUUUUACAUCACUCUUCGGUGGUUGCCUCCCUUGUAAAAUUCUUGGAUCUGAUUCACCUGUCGUUCAAACCACUGGUUACUGCAUAUCUGCAGUGGUUUUCUGCAGUGGGUGGUCUUGCACUCAGAUAUCACACCUGUCAAUGGUGAAUGGAGUCACACUAAAUCCAACAAGCAGAGUAGCCUGUGUUAGCUGUCGCAAUGCUUUUACAAUGAUUGCAAGCCUAAUCUUAUAUGUGAUCGCAUUUUUCGUCUUCAAAAAGCAAACUUCUAGUUCACAGGUUGACAUUAAGAAUCAGUACCAAUCGAUGGCUUAUAUUUCGAUUUUCAUUGGAGCAGUCUUCGUGAUUAUAUUUCAGCUUGGAACUAAAGAACCAAGUUUAAAGCAAGAAUCUAACGGGAAACGUGCUACAGCUUCUUGGACAUACUGGUUGAAGAAAGUCCUAUAUUACCAAGUACUUAGCAUCUAUGUGUCAACUCGAGUUGUGACUAAUGUCUCUCAGACCUUCUUAGCUGUUUAUGUUAUGAAUGAUCUACGGAUGAGCCCAUCUUCAAAAGCCUUGAUUCCUGCCAUCAUCUACUUAUCAAGCUUCGUUGCCUCAGUCCUCCUACAGGAGCUCAAAUGGAGUGGUGAACGGUUGAAGGCCUUCUUUUCCGCUGGGGGUCUCCUUUGGCUAUUUUGUGGAGCUGCAGUAAUUUUCCUCCCAAUAAACAUGCAUGCUUUUAUAUAUGUCUUGUCCAUACUUAUUGGCAUUGGAAACGCGUUGAUGAUGGUAACAGCAAUAGGGAUGGAAAGCGAGCUAGUUGAUAAAGAUCUUGAUGGAUCUGCUUUUGUGUAUGGAUCAUUGGGCUUUAUUGACAAAGUUUUAUGUGGAGUGUUUUUGUACUUUCUUGAGUCGUAUGAGAGUGCAGAUCCUGUUCCUUGUGAUCCAACUUAUCCUUGUUUCUCCGUUACACGAUUUUCUCUAGGUUUCAUUCCAGGGAUUUCUGCUUUAAUUGGAGUCGUAGUCGCAUUCUUCAUAAGGUUCCACACACCCAAUCCUAAGACACUAACACAACCCUUCUUGGCAUAGCUCUCAAGGAGGACAGACCGUGUAUUUCCUGGCAAUUAGAGCUGAAUUCAAGCUUGAGCUAUAUUUGUACUUGUUGAGUAGUCAUUGUUAUUAUAGUAUUAACAAAACAAUAUUUUAUGAUGGCCAAUUAGUCCAGAAUUCAAGUUUAAAUUGUUCAUUCAA